UUUCAACCAAUGAAAUUCACUUUGACUGGUUUGUGAUUUCUACAGAAACAAACCGAUAAUGUUUGUUUUCUUAAAUCUUAGGUUAUGUCAUAUUUUGUCUUUUGAGUAAAUAUAAGAAUUCAAUACAUUCAAAAAUCACAAUCAGUUGUCAUCUUUUUUCAACUCGCACCAUUAAAGCGAGACAUAGAAUCUUGACAUGUAGGCCAACAACAGCAUCCAUUUUGUUUUUUUAAUUUUCAAAUUUUUAAAAUUAUAUCUUUUUUUUUUAGCAAAUUUUUGAAUUAUCUAAUCUAUAUACAUAUUACAUUAUAAUAAUAUUUAUUGUGUAAAACUAUAUAUAUUUAGAAGCCAUUUUGUUAAGCAGGGCAAAAAUUACUAGGUGGAGAAAGGUCUAAACCCAAAGUCCAAAGUCCUUAAAAACACAUUAUUAUUAUUACAGGCAAGUCUUAUCAAUUUUAAAAUUUAAAGUCCAGCUACUUAGUACAAGCAAAGUUUGACUGCAAAACAACAUGGCUUUUUCACAAUUUGCUAAAGUAGCUGUGAGAAAUACUCCAACAGCAGUCAGAAAUUACAGUGCAAAAACCUUUGCAAAUGGAUUCAAUUUUGAGCUUAAUGAAACCCAAAAAGAGUUUCAAGAUACAGCUAGGAAGUUUGCAAGAGAAGAAAUUGUACCAGUAGCAGCAGAGUAUGACAAAACUGGUGCUUACCCAUGGGACAUUUUCAAGAAAGCUCACCAAUUGGGACUUAUUAAUACUCACAUUCCUGAAGAAUAUGGUGGUUUAGGCAUGGGCGUUUUCGACGGAUGCCUCAUCCUGGAAGAAUUGGCUUUCGGUUGUUCAGGCAUGGCCACAGCCUUAGAAGGCACAUCUUUAGGCCAAACUCCCAUCCUGGCCACAGCCAAUGAAGCCCAAAAGAAAAAAUACUUAGGCCGCUUAAUAGAAGAACCUUUAGUGGCUGCUUAUUGUGUCACUGAACCAGGAGCAGGUUCAGACGUCAACGGUUUGAAAACCAAAGCCGAAAAAAAGGGAGAUGAAUACAUUUUAAAUGGGCAAAAAAUGUGGAUCACUGGAGGCGGAGUGGCUAAUUGGUACUUUGUCUUAGCUAGAACAAAUCCAGAUCCAAAAGCACCCGCUAGCAAAGCCUUUACUGGGUUUAUUGUGGAACGAGAGUGGCCCGGAGUGACUCCUGGACGCAAGGAAAUCAACAUGGGACAAAGGGCUUCAGAUACUCGUGGGAUUACUUUUGAAGAUGUCCGAGUGCCAAAGGAAAAUGUUUUAAUGGGUGAAGGAGCUGGUUUCAAAAUUGCUAUGCUGACUUUUGAUAAAACGAGGCCACCAGUUGCAGCUUCUGCUGUGGGUUUGGCUCAGAGAUGUCUGGAAGAAUCCACAAAAUACGCAAUGGAACGUAAAACUUUUGGAGUGCCAAUUUUCAAUCAUCAAGCUGUUGCUUUUAUGUUGGCUGACAUGGCUAUAGGUGUUGAAACUGGAAGAUUGGCUUGGAUGAAAGCAGCUUGGGACACUGAUAACGGAAUAAGAAACAGCUACAGCGCAGCCAUAGCUAAAUGCUGGGCGGCUGAUAUGGCAAAUAAGUGUGCCACUGAUGCAGUUCAGAUAUUUGGUGGUAAUGGCUUCAAUAGUGAAUAUCCGGUUGAGAAGUUGAUGCGCGAUGCCAAGAUUUUCCAGAUUUACGAGGGGACGUCGCAAAUUCAACGUAUUAUCAUUUCCAGGGCUUUGCAAGAGAAGGCUAUGAAUUAGUUAAAUAAGGAUCAACAUAUUUUGUUUUUGUGUAAGAUUUUAUAUAUUAAAUGUUUUUUUUUUAAGGAGCAUUUCUAGUAUGAUUUGAUGUUUUAAUUGGACUAUUUAUUCAAUUUUCAAGGUAUUUACUU